CAUUAGACCUGCGAAUGUUGUAAGUGAAUACGCACGUGUAUAUAUAUACCAAAGAAUUGCAAAAGAACAUGCAAAAAUGUACGUAAAACAAUAUCGGUGUUUAAAUUAUUUAAAAAUUAAACCUUCAACAAUAAUUUAAUAAGAUAUAUACACGAAAUUAUAUUAUUCACUUUCCUGAAUUAAUUGUUUCUCGUCCUUGUAUUAUCGCAUCUAAAAGAUAAUCAAUUUUUGAGGUUAUGUGUACAACAUUUUGGAGUUUUGAAUGUCAAGUUUAUAACAUAAAUAAUUGACAUAUAAGAAUUGUGUGCGUCGUUUAAAACGACGUGGUGAAUAUUAUUUUAAAUUAUGGCAAAAUAUAUAGUACAAAUUAUUGUUCUUGGUUCUCAAGUAGUUGCAAAGGCCUUUGCACGAGCUCUUCGUCAGGAAAUUGCUGCAAGUCAAGAAGCUGCUCGUAGAGCUGGUGGCGGUGAAAGAGGUGCACAACGAGCUGCAGCAAAUGCUAAAACUGGAAUUUCUUUAGAAGAAGCUCUUAAAAUACUUAAUGUAGAAAAACCAAAUGAAAAGGAACAAAUAGACAAACAUUACAAAUAUCUUAUGGAAGCAAAUGAUAGAUCAAAAGGUGGCUCUUUUUAUCUUCAAUCCAAAGUAGUUAGAGCUAAAGAACGAAUUGACGAGGAGCUCCAGCAUGUAAGUUCCCAAAAAGAACAAAAAUCUAGUAUGAAAGAAGAAAAAACAUAAUAAUUUUGUUAAUUUUUUUUUAAUAGGCCCACUGUAUAUAAAAUUGUGAUUAAUCUCGAUUUUAUUGAUUAAAAUAAAAAAAUCUAAGUUAAUCUUAGAAAA